AGUGAAUCUGAAAGUCCAAAAAUGAUAAACCUUUUGCAUGAUAUGCUAGAAUGUCAGGAUGAUGUUCUAUCUGUAGAUACUUUGGGUGAUCAGAAGAACAAUGCCCUCCCAGAAGAGCUUCUGAUAGCACUGAAUUCCUUGUCAGAAUCUUUAGUACAACCUGUCUAUCAAUUAGCAGAGACGGAAAGAGAGCUUCAUGUUAUGGAAGAACACUUGAGAUCAGAACCCAGUAUUUCCCAGAGAGAUGAUGAUUGCACUCAAAAAGCAGAUACCAUUGAGUCUUCGUCUUAUAUAGAGCAGCUGAAAGAAAGAAAAGUGUUAACAGAGUCUAAGUUACAGAAUAUAAAAGAUGAGCAGCUUGCAGGUGACCAGAAGAAAAAUGACAUAGUGAUUGCUGAUUAUUGGAAUGUCACCUCCUCUGACAGGGAAGCUAAUGAAGGGAAUUCAAGUUCAAAUAAGACUAUUCUAGGUAUAGAAACUACCAAAACAACUCCAUAUCCAUUAAGGAGAUCAGCACGAUUAAAAGAAAACUUCACUAAAAAGUAUGUAGAGGAAGCUUCCAGUUGUCAUAAAAUGCACACAGACACUCAGCAGAGGAUAUGCAAUAAUGAUACUUUAACAGGAACUAAACAUUCAGGCCAAGAAAUAAGCACAAUAUAACAUAAACUCAUAUUUCUCUUUAUAUACCAUUUC